AUGGAGGAGAGUGGCGGGGACGAGGAGCGACAAACGGAGGCGGAAACGCGAAGUUUCACUAUCAAGGGCUUGCUGGAGCGAUCCAACCAGGCGGGGCGAUGGACAUUGGGCCUCAUCAUCCUCUUGGGGGUGGUCUUCAUCUGGGUCUUUUCCGGCGUGCUCAUGCAGUACAUCUUCACAAACGCCGACUUCGACCAUCCGUUCUUCCUCACCUACUUCUCCACCUCGCUUUUCACCCUCUACCUUCUCGACUUCCUUCGCGACCUGCCCUGGCUAAGGGCGUGCUCGGCGCGUACACCACCCAAAGACGAACGGAAGGAGCUCAUCGUGAACGACAGCGGCGUCGGAUCGGAGAGCGACGACCUCCACCAGAGUUCGCCAACGCCAAACGGCGCGAGCACGCACAUCAACGACGUCGGCGCCACGCGAGGCGGUGGAGAGGAGACCAGCCACCACGCGUACGAUCGGCUGCGAGAAGCGCCGCCGCCGCUGGAGGCAAAGAGUGACGACGACGACGCCGGGGAGGCGAACGGCUACACGUUCUGGCAGAUCGCCAGGACGUCGCUCAUCUUCUGUCCGGUGUGGUUCGCCGCCAACUACUCCUACAACAAGAGCCUCUCCCUCACCAGCGUCUCGUCCAACACCAUCCUCUCCUCCACAUCGAGUCUGGGCACGCUGUUUCUGGGCAGCGUACUUGGCGUGGACUCGUUUUCGUUCGGCAAGCUCAUCGCCGUGGGGCUCAGCCUGGGCGGCGUGGCGAUGGUCGCCUUGACGGACUCCAACAGCAGCGACGGCGACUCGCUCGCCGGCGACAUCCUUUGCCUCAUCGGCGCGGCGUUCUAUGCGCUGUACGUGGUGCUCCUCAAGCUGCUCAUCAAGGACGAGACCAAGCUCAACACCCGACGAUUCUUCGGGCUGGUGGGGCUCUUCAAUGUGGUGAUGCUGUGGCCGUUCGGCUUUCUUCUGAACUACACCGGCAUCGAGUCCUUCGCCCUCCCCUCGGGUACUGUCUGGCUCUAUCUGACGAUCAAUGGGCUCAUCGGCACCGUGCUGUCGGAUUACAUGUGGCUGUGGUCGGUGCUCCUCACCAGCCCGCUCGUGGCCACCAUCGGCCUGAGCCUUACGAUCCCGUUGGCGAUGCUCGCCGACAUCGUGCUCAAGGGGAAGAGCUUCGGGUGGUUGUACCUGUUGGGCUCGACCGCGGUCGUUGGUGGCUUCCUGCUGGUCAACUGCGACGACCUCUACGUGCGCUUUCAGCAUCGCGCGUGGGCAUGGUUGCAGCGCCGGCUGCCGCUUGAGAGAUGGACCGCACUGCGCCCUUCGUGGUCCUUCCCUAUUGCUCGGCCAGAACAUGCGGCCCUCCCGGAAGAAUAG